GUGACAGUGAUAUGACAGAAGAGUCUACACAUAAAAGGUUCCAACAAAACAAGCCACCUGAAUUCAAAAAGCCAACAGAAAAUGCUCUGGCUUUCCCUUUAAAACCUGACCAACCCCCCAAAACCCCCCCACCAGUGCGGCCCACACCUCCCAAAGUCAUGUUGGAUGGGAAAGCUAUGUCUGGGAAAAAUAAGCCCACAGUGGAGAGUCUACAAGCAGAGGUCCAGGAGCUGAGAGUGGCUCUGGAGCUGCUGCAAAGUCAACACAGACAUGACAUGCAGGAAAUGAAAGAUGAAUUGCGGGAGGAAAGAAGCAAAAGAAUGACACUGCAGGAGGAAGUUUAUGCACUGAAGAUGAAGAAGUGAUUCCACUGGUCACAGGGAUGAACACAACUGCUGAUCCCUACAAAACAGAGCAGAAACGGCGUGGAGUUUAAAGCUGAGAUGUGGCAGGAGCUCUGAGCAAUAGACACAGCCAGUCUGACGUCCACUUUCAGCAGAACUAGGUCAUGCGAUCCAUACAGACUUUAACUUUACAAUAGUUACUGUUUUCUAUCUGAAUGCUGGAAAUUUCAUAAGAACAGAGACUAAGUUUAUUUGUAUUUGUAUUUGUAUUAUUGUAAAUACUAUUGUGGGUGACUAACAAUUCCAGUGACAUGUUUUAUUGUUGAGCACCAGGGGGCGUGAUUACCUCAUUAUCAGAACUAUGCUUCUACUGAACUAUUAUGAAAAGACUGUAUUGAAUGUAAUAAUGUGCUGGUUUUCAAAUAGUUUGAUAUGGAACUUUUUUUUUUUUUUCCUUUUUU